AUGGGGGAGCAUAAUCCUACAGACACGGCGGGAGAGUCCGGACUGAUGGAAGUGCUGAUGAACGAGGUGUCAAAGCUGCAGGCGGCCAUCCGAGAAGAAAGGCAGAAGGUCCAGGAGCUGAACGUGACCCUCAGCACCAAGGAGGAUGCCAUCAAGGAGAUGAGGGUGAGGGACAGCGUCCUGCGCAAGUACCAGGAGCGGGCACACAAGGUGAAGGAGGAGAGGGACUCCCUCAGCAAGGAACUGAUGCUAUGCCGAGAGGAGAACUACAAGCUGGCCAUGAAGUAUGCCAAGCAGAAUGAGGAGAAGAAUGUGGCCCUGAUGAAGAAUCGGGACCUGCAGCUGGAGAUCGACUGCCUGCGGCACAGUCUGAUCAAGGCUGAAGAUCACUGCAGCCUGGCACGGAAGCACACGCUGAACCUGAAGGAAGCCAUGGAGCAGCGGCCCAGCCACGAGGUGGUGUGGGAAAUCCAGCGGGAGAAAGACUUGCUGUUGGCCAAGAACAAGGAGCUGGAGAGCACCCUGCAGGUCACCAAGAAUGGCAGCUCCGAGAAGGAUGGGGUUUCCCUCCAGGCUCUUGAGGCCGAGUGGAGGCGGGUGCUGAAGGAGCAGCAGGAGCUGGUGAACACCACCUGCGAUUUACGCCAAGCGCUCCAGAGAGCCGAAGACGGGCGAGAUAAAGUAAGCGGAGAGAAGGAGCUGCUGGAACUGAGAUGCACUUCCUUGCAAAACGAUAAUCAAAUUUACCAAAAUCGUAUCAAGGCUAUUUUAAAACAGCUGGAAGAAGUGGUGACUGAAAGAGAUCAGGCUCUUUUAACCCAGGAGGAAUGUCACAAGCAAUACUCCCAAGGCCUGAGAGAGAAAGACAGCUACCGGAAGCAGAUCCGGGAACUCGGGGAGCAUUGUGACGAACUGCAGCUUCAGCUCUUCCAGAAAGAAGGACGGUUGCUGAGUGCCGAAACCCAGCUGAAACGGCUGUGCCGUGAUCCCUCCGCCAUGACUUCAGAUCUUGAAGAAAACUCAUCCCGCAGCUCUCAAGAGCUGACUCCCCAAGGAAAUCCAGACGAAGAUAGAAAAGGCACCAAACCAAGAAGGAGCCCAGCGGAUGGGGACCAGCCAGAGAAAGGGCACCGGCGAAUGAAGGACAGUUUUGAGCAUUAUCGAAGAAAGAGAGCUCUACGAAGAGUGCAGGAGAGCCGCCAACACGAAGCUUACUGGGAACAUUCCUCAGGAAGCGAAAACACAGACACCGAAGGCUCCUGACUUUGUCUGCUACCUCCAAGGAGAAGUGGGGAAUUCAAGAGUCUCUUCAUCCUCUUCUCAUUUACAAGCAACAUGGGCAGCGGGAAAACUAAAUAAGUGCAUUAUUUUGCUGAGACCACCUUGAUUUUACAUACCUAUCCAGCUGACCGAAUGAGGCUGCCCAGAUUCCUUCCCACGGUUUAAAGGACUUGGGGAUCUGGAGCAGGUUUGGCUUCCAUCCAAAGAAGACUCAGUAGCUGUGUGGUUUAGCCACCGCUUCUUCCAUCUGGAUUUCAGAUUCUAGAUUUCCUGUUUAUAUAUUGUCAGUUUCUUUUUUUUCCUUUUGAUUCAUGGUGUGUUUAUGUGGUAUGCCACCCAGAAUCACACUGGCUGAGUUUGUCAGCAUUAAUUACAGGUAGUUCUUGACUUCUGACUGGUUGCUUAGCAACCAGUUU